AUGCUGAAAGAAGAGACUUGUGACUGUAAAAUUAGUAGCGAAGGAAAGUUGGGAAUCCAAAUACAAAAAUCAUGGAUCAUCUUGAGGAAAUCUCGGCUCAUCUUAUGGUACUUAAUGAAGAACCAUGGUGAUCUUUGUUUGUCCUUGGUUGUGAUUGGGCAGUCGAUUGACAAUGGGCUUCAGCAUCCUAAUUCCUCAAGUGGCUUGGCCACUGGCUUCGUGAGGUUUCUGGUUUAUACAAUAUCACCACUCUCUUCCAGAAGGGCAAAGCGAAUGGCUCACUCAAUUGCCAAAGCCACUCUUGGCCUCACACGACCUAACCAAAUCGAGCCUCUAAAGAUCUCAUUUGCGGCAAAAGAGAUUGAUUUGUUAGAAUGGAAAGGAGACAUACUUGCAGUAGGCACAACAGAGACGGACUUGACCAAGGACGAGAAUUCAAAGUUCAAGAAUUUAAUCCUGCAAAAGCUAGAUUCCCAAUUAGGUGGUUUGUUGUCUGAAGCAUCAUCAGAGGAGGAUUUUACUGGAAAGGCUGGACAGUCAACAGUUCUUAGGCUUCCCAAUCUUGGAUUGAAAAGGGCAAGUAAUGUUGCCAUCACACUUGCUUCUUCUGGAGAGCUCACUACAGAAUCAAAGCUAAGCUUAGCUUCAGCCAUAGCUACUGGAGCUUUAUUGGGGACUUAUGAAGACAACAGAUUCAAGUCAGAGUCGAAGAAACAGGGUCUCAAAUCAGUGGAUAUUCUUGGUCUUGGUACUGGACCUGAAAUAGAGAAGAAACUCAAAUAUGCAGAAAAGGUUUGUUCUGGGAUAAUUUUUGGAAAAGAGCUAGUAAAUGCACCUGCUAAUGUACUCACCCCUGGAAUACUAGCAGAAGAGGCCAAAAGGAUUACUUCUGAGCACAGUGAUGUUCUUUCUGCAACAAUCUUGGAUGUAGAGCAGUGCAAAGAAUUAAAAAUGGGUUCUUAUCUCGGUGUUGCAGCAGCAUCUGCUAAUCCCCCGCAUUUUAUCCACUUAUGUUACAGGCCUCCAGGGGGAACAGUCAAAACCAAGCUGGCCUUAGUUGGAAAGGGGUUGAUGUUUGACAGUGGUGGCUACAAUAUCAAGACAGGACCAAGUUGUUCCAUUGAGCUCAUGAAAUUGGACAUGGGAGGUUCAGCAGCCGUAUUGGGUGCAGCAAAGGCUCUUGGUCAAAUCAAGCCUGCUGGAGUAGAGGUUCAUUUCAUUGUUGCUGCUUGUGAAAAUAUGAUAAGUGGAACAGGUAUGAGGCCCGGAGAUAUUAUUACAGCAUCAAAUGGAAAGACAAUUGAGGUAAACAAUACUGACGCUGAAGGAAGACUUACACUUGCAGAUGCUUUGGUAUAUGCUUGCAAUCAAGGAGUGGAGAAGAUCGUUGAUUUGGCCACAUUGACUGGGGCUUGUGUCUCUUGGACCCUCUAUUGCUGGUGUUUUUACACCCAGUGA